CCACGGGGACGGCCGCUCUCUCCAGACCCAGGGUUCCGAGUCCCUCAGAGUACACUGCGCUGGCGACCGGCAGUCAUGGAGGCUGGAGCCGCCCAUGAGCCCGAUACGGUCGAGGUGCUGCCUCAGCACCGGUUCGACCGUCAGUCCCUGGAGACCUACCUUAACCGGCACCUGCCUGGCUUCGGGGCCGAGCCCGCGGCCCCGCUGACCGUCUCGCAGUACAGAUCAGGACAAUCCAAUCCAACCUUUUAUCUCCAGAAGGGCUUCCGGGCAUAUGUACUCAGGAAGAAGCCACCUGGCUCCCUUCUCCCCAAGGCGCAUAAGAUUGAUAGAGAAUUUAAAGUCCAGGAGGCUUUAUUUGCCAUUGGAUUCCCUGUUCCCAAGCCCUUAUUGUACUGCAGUGAUGCUUCUGUCAUUGGGACAGAAUUUUAUGUGAUGGAACAUGUGCGGGGCCGGAUCUUUCGUGAUCUGACAAUUCCUGGAGUUAGCCCAGCGGAACGCUCGGCCUUGUACGUGGCCAUGAUAGAAACUUUGGCUCGGUUACAUUGCUUGAACGCACAGUCCUUGCAGCUGGAAGGAUAUGGAACAGGUGCUGGGUACUGCAAGAGGCAGGUGUCAACCUGGACAAGGCAGUAUGAAGCUGCAGCUCAUCAAGACAUCCCUGCCAUGAAACAGCUGUCUGAGUGGCUGAUGAGAAACCUGCCAGAUGAUGACAAUGAACAGAGUUUGAUUCAUGGAGAUUUCAGACUGGACAACCUCAUUUUCCACCCUAAAGAGUCUCGAGUUAUCGCAGUGCUGGAUUGGGAGCUUUCCACCGUUGGUCAUCCUUUGUCAGACUUAGCUCAUCUUUCCCUGUUCUACUUCUGGCCAAGGAGUGUUCCGCGGAUAAAUCAAUCCUCUCAUAUUCAAGAAGGCAUAGGAAUACCAUCAUUGGAUGAACUGAUUUCAAUAUAUUGCCAUUACAGGGGAAUUAGUACUGCUCUUCCUAACUGGAAUUUCUUUCUCGCUCUUUCAUAUUUUAAGAUGGCUGGAAUAGCACAGGGAGUAUAUAACAGGUAUCUUCUGGGCAAUAACUCCGCUGCUGACAGCUUUAUGUUUGCCAAUAUCGUGGGACCUCUGGCAGAAACUGGAUUGCAACUCUCAAAAAGAACUUUCAGUACCACACCACCACAGAUUGACACCACUGGGCAGUUGUUUGCACAAACUAGGAAAGGCCAGGAGGUUCUUGGUAGGGUGAAGCAGUUCAUGAAGGAGCACGUCUUUCCAGCUGAAAAGGAGGUGAUUGAGUACUAUGCUAACAAUGAAAAUGUGAUAGAUAAGUGGAGACAGCCUUCAGUGAUUGAAAAACUCAAGGAAAUGGCCAAAGCAGAGGGCCUCUGGAACUUGUUUUUGCCAGCCGUCAGCGGUCUCAGCCAGGUGGACUAUGCCUUGAUUGCUGAAGAAACAGGAAAAUGCUUUUUUGCUCCAGAUGUCUUCAACUGCCAAGCACCAGAUACGGGGAACAUGGAGGUGCUGCACCUCUAUGGGAGUGAGGAGCAGAAGCGGCAGUGGCUGGAACCUCUCCUUCAAGGGACCAUCGUCUCUGCCUUCUGCAUGACAGAGCCGGAUGUAGCCUCCAGUGAUGCCACGAAUAUUGAAUGCAGCAUUGAACCAGAUGGUGAUAGCUAUAUAAUUAACGGCAAGAAAUGGUGGAGUAGUGGAGCUGGGAACCCCAAGUGCAAAAUUGCAAUUGUUCUGGGAAGAACUAAAUCUGCUUCUGUAUCCAGGCACAGACAACACAGCAUGAUUCUCGUUCCUAUGGACACACCCGGCGUACAAAUCAUAAGGCCUUUGACAAUUUUUGGCUACAUGGAUAACUUACAUGGAGGACAUUUUGAGAUCCAUUUCAAUCAAGUGCGAGUUCCAGCUUCCAACUUAAUCCUAGGUGAAGGCAGGGGAUUUGAGAUUUCCCAAGGCCGGCUGGGACCUGGCAGAAUCCACCACUGUAUGAGAACAGUGGGUGUGGCGGAGCGCGCUCUGCAGAUCAUGUGUGAACGGGCAGCACAAAGGGUAGCCUUUAAGAAGAAACUCUACGAACACGAGGUGGUAGCUCACUGGAUUGCUGAAAGCCGCAUUGCCAUUGAGGAGAUCCGCCUGCUGACCCUGAAAGCCGCCCACUGUGUGGACACCAUAGGCAGCGCUGGAGCUAGGAAGGAGAUUGCAAUGAUCAAAGUGGCCGCUCCACGGACCGUCUGCAAAAUCAUUGACCAGGCCAUCCAGGUGUGUGGGGCAGCAGGUGUUUCCCAGGACUACUCUCUGGCUAACUGGUAUGCCCUGAUGCGAACGUUGCGCUUGGCAGAUGGACCUGACGAAGUUCACCUCUCCACUGUCGCAAAAUUGGAGCUGCGUGACCAAGCCAAACGGCUGGCAGCCAGGAUGUAGGGAGCGCACAAAGUCUGCUUUCCACACACCCGAUCAGCUCUGCAUCCAUGCCUCGUAUUUCUGCAGCAGGCUGGCCACAGGGUCAGUCAGGCAUUAGUCAUGAUGUUAGCAGCAGGGAUUUUAUGAAUUUCAGCAAUGACAAAGGCGUGUAAGUAAUCCGGUAGCCGUUACAAAGGUACCUUGUGAAGAGAUCAGAGCACACUGCAGAGCUAGAGCUUGGUCGUAGCAGCACUGUCACAUUUUGGUUUUCAGGAAUUGUUCCAUGUGAGUAACUCCAGGAAUAGUUCUUCACUGCUCUGAAAAAAUAGUGGGGACCCCGCUUUUUUUCUUUUACACUUUAAGGGGUUGAACACUUUGUAAUAACGUCCGCCCUGAGAAAAAGCCAUGCCUGACUGUUUUCUACUUCGUGUAAUUACAAACCUCUUCCUAACUCAGCAGGAAUCACUUAUGCAUAAAGUCUGACUACAGAUUAAUGUUUACUAGGCAGCAUGAGGAAAGGUGACCCACUUUAAUUAUUUAUAAGGUGGUGAUGAGGACAGUGGACAGUCUGAGCGACAAGAAAGUUCUUGAGUUUUGAGGAAAGAAAAAGUCUGCUCUGAAUGCCAUCGUGUCCCUGAGAACACCCGGAGCGCGUCCCUCUGGCUGUGGUGUAGCCCUGGCCCACGGAGUGUGACUUUUGAACGCUUGAAAUGUGGCUAGUGAAACUGGGGAACAGAUUUUACAUCUUUAAACAUUUAAAUAUUGUUUCUCAAUAUCUUACUCUAAGAAUGCUUAGAGUGACUUGGGUACAUGAAUCUACUUCUUCAACUAUAAAUUUUAUGAAAUCUAAACACACAACAAGUAUUUUGAAUGAAAAUUUAACCACUAAGAGCAAGACUUAGUAUUAAAAAAUGAAAAAUAUCUCAUUAAUACUUUUUAGUAUCAUCAAAAUAGUUAUCUUCAAUAUUCAAAAUAUUGAAUAAUAAAAUAUAUGAUUAAAAUUUAUUUCAUUUA